AUGCGUAUCAGUUGGUCACAACUCAAAAAAGGCUUCAAAUGUUUAAUAUUGUGUCUUUUGGCACUUCUUCAAUUGGAUUUUACUUCCGGUGCGCGUAUUCUUGCACCAUUUAUAUUUCCCGCCAAAUCUCAUUUUAUGAUGUACAAUGCACUUGUUAAGGAGCUAGUGCAAAGAGGUCAUCAAGUAACCAACGUUACACCAUUCUCAAUGUCAAAUGAAAAUUUGGGCGGCAACUACACGGAAGUAUUAUUACCUGUAUAUAGUUUUUGGUCUUCAGCUUUCAGUACCACCAAAGCUAGGAGUAUAUUGGACUUCACAGAUAUACCUGCAACAACGUAUAUUAAAACACUCAUGCUAAUGGGCAUAAAAACCACAGACUUUACUUUUGAGCAGCCUGAGAUGCAAAAACUCAUUCACGCCAAAGAUAAAGUUGGCAAAUAUGAUUUGCUCCUAACUGGACAAUUCUACAACGAGGGUGCUCUCAUCCUAGCCCAUCUCUAUCAAAUACCUAUCAUCACUGUAGUAUCCUUUGGCUAUAGCAACCAGCUAGAUCCCAUCGUUGGCGUUAUGACCCCCUAUUCCUAUGCUCCCAAUAUAUGUAAACCAUACUCGGAUCAUAUGACGCUAUGGGAACGCAUUAAUAGCUUCUAUCACAACAUGUAUGAAGUAGCAAUACGCAAAUUUUGGUAUUAUCCUGCCCAGAAUGCCAUUCUAAGGAAACAUUUGGGUAGCACUCUGCCCCAACUGCCUACAAUAAACCAAUUAGAGCGCAACAUCUCGCUAAUGCUACUCAAUAGUCAUAUGCCACUGGAGAAGCCGAGACCUUUGGCUUUUAAUACCAUCCCAGUGGGUGGACUACAUAUAAAGCCACCUAAGGACCUGCCAGCUAAUAUCAAAAGUUUUCUAGAUGAAGCAAAGCAUGGAGCAAUUUACUUUAGUUUGGGCUCCCAAGUACGCAGUGCGGAUCUUCCUCCAGAGAAGCUCAAGAUCUUCCUCAACGUGUUUCGUAGCAUGAAGCAGCGCAUUUUGUGGAAGUUUGAGAAUGAAGAAUUGCCAAAUAUUCCCGCUAAUGUGAUGGUGCAAAAGUGGAUGCCUCAGAACGAUAUACUCGCUCAUCCGAAUGUUAAGGUUUUCAUCUCCCAUGGCGGUCUUUUUGGUACACAAGAAGCUGUUUAUCAUGGGGUGCCAGUGUUGGGUAUGCCAUUUUAUUUUGAUCAAUAUAAUAUUAAGAAAGGCCAGGAAGCGGGCUAUGUUCUGGGCGUAGAUUAUCGCAAAAUAACAGAAGAAGAACUACGUCAUGCACUCACUGAACUCUUAGAAAAUCCGAAGUAUACGGAAAAUAUAAAACGUGCCUCGAAAGUAUUUCGCGAUCGCCCUCUCAAUAGCAUGGACACGGCUAUGUACUGGAUCAACUAUGUUAUCGAACAUCGUGGAGCACCUCACAUAAUUGCAGCGGGUGUUGAUCUAUCCUUUAUUCAGUUUUACAUGCUUGAUGUUCUAGCUAUUGCUUUACUUGUAAUGGUGUUGCCUAUAUUGGUCAUUAAAAUUGUUUGUCGUAAUCGUAGAUCUAACCGAAGAGCUAAGUCUAAGGUUAACUAA